AUGUACAUUCGAAGCGCAUCGACGCUGCUUCAGGCGGGAAAGCUCGUGGACCAGCAGAGGCGAUCGGCCCCGCGAUCUUGGUCAUACUCACGGCCAUACAGUGCUUCCGGCUUCAUUGGCCUCCCUGCAGCACAAGCUCUUGUCCGUGCAGGUCAUAUUGUAUAUGGUUUAACACGUUCCCAAGAGAAAGCUCAGCAACUCGCUAGGGAAGAAAUUAUUCCCGUCGUGAGCCAAACGUCAGAUCUCUCCACCUGGCUGCCUCUUAUCGCCUCGCUUGACGUUAUCAUCGAGGUUGUUGGAGGCACAGCCGAUGUCAGAGAGCUCUCCAAAACUCUGCUCAAUGCCGUCGCGUCCGCCGCGCAGUCUUCCCGCCCUGCCCACGCGCCGAAGCUGACAUACAUCUACACGUCUGGGACGUGGGUGCACGGUGACGACCGCACAGCGAUCAAGACCGACACAUCGCCGAUCACUGCGCCCGCACAGCAUGUGGCGUGGCGCGCUGAACAGGAGCAGCGCGUCGUCACGAACACGGUGCUCAACGGCAUCGUAAUCCGACCAGCUCUACUCUAUGGACGGAGCGGUUCGCUGCUGGUACCUCUCUUCAAGGGCGCCGCAGAGGGCACCGUCAUGUGGUUUGGGACGCCGGAGGACCGCUAUGCGCUGAUCCGCGUGGACGACUUGGCGGAGCUGUUCCGUCUCGCGGCAGAGAAGGCGCAGCUUGUUGGCGGGAAGAUCUUCGAUGCGGCGAACGACAUCACGGAGAGCGCGGAUGAUCUGCUGAAGAAGCUUGUCAAGGUCAGCGGAGCGCAAGGGCCACAUGAGUUUGUACAGCCGAGUAACUUGUACGAGACUGCGUUGACUACAACCUCCCUCUUGCGCCCGUACUUGGCGCGGAGCCUGUUGAGCUGGCAGCCGCGCAAGGCAGGUCUAGUCGAUAACCUGGAAGUGUACUAUGAUGCGUGGAAAGCUAGCGUAAACUAG